CUCAAUCAUCUCUCAUCUCUCUCAAACACACAGCCAUGGCCGACCGCCAAAACAACAGGCAACCCCAAAGCCGACCGGCCGGCUCAUUUCUCCGCAGGCUCCAAGAACAUGCACCCAACUCCACCCAGCUCAUGGGCUUCCUAACCCUAAUCGUCUCCGGCGCAAUUCUCCUUCUCCUCCCCGGCGCCACCGUCACUGCCACCGUCCUCGGUUUCAUAUUCUUAACCCCCCUCAUCGUCGUCUCCAGCCCGAUAUGGGUCCCGGCCGCCUUCGUGCUCUUCUUCGUGGCGGCCGGUUUCUUGUUGUUCUGCGGGUUCGGUGUCGCGGUCGUCGGUGGGCUUGCGUGGAUUUACCGGUACUUCCGGGGGUUGCACCCGCCCGGUUCGGACCGAUUCGACUAUGCUCGGAACCAAAUUUACGACACGGCCAGCCAUGUCAAGGAUUAUGCUAGGGAGUAUGGCGGGUAUUUGCAGAGUAAGGUGAAGGACGCGGCUCCGGGGGCUUGAACCCGGUUUUUCAGUACCGGGGCCGACCGGACGGGUUGGUUUUGUCAUCAGUGAUUUUGUCCCGCCGGUUUUUCUUUUUUUUUUUUUCAUUUAGUAUUUUGUUUUAGUCUGUCUUUAAUUUGAUCACUAUCCA